GGAGGCACUCGCCUUUAUUAUGCAUCGCUUCGCGGUUGGCUUGCGACCAUGCGGUGGCUCAUCGACCACGGUGCCGACGUAAAUUUGCGCCUACUAUACGAUAAGUCAACGCUGCACGCGGCCCUCGCGCACGGCGGAAUUGACGCUGCGAGCAUGCUGCUCGACGCGGGCGCUCGCGUCGAUGCUGUGGAUCGCAACGGUGUCACGGUGCUGCACCAGGCUGCC